UCGUCUUUUAACUUGUCAAACGAUUUUAGUGGUGUUGAACAGAGCUGGCUGUGUGUUGUCGCGUGUUUAUGACGUCUACGGAAGUUCCGCGUUGCAAAGAAAGAAGCUAGUUAGCCCUGCUGGUUCGGCGCGGUUCUACCCUGGUGUUAUGUUUGUUUUACCGGAUAAAUACGAUUGAUGUCAGAUAUUAAACGGUUUCGACGAUGAAAGCGGCACACUUGUUUUUGUUUUUACACGUUUUUUCGACAGCCGGCGUGCUGGUGAACGCGUUCGAUCCGAUCACAACAACAGUAGUGAUAGGUGUCGGUGCAACACUCGGGCGGACAAUAUGGAAUUAUUUACAUGAAAGUUGUGAUCCAAAAUGGAUAGCCUUCAAUGCAACAGCUCUCGAGGCUGACCUGGACAACAAACUGUUUGGACAGCACAUCGCGUCACGCAUCAUCCUGAAAGCGGUGAACGGAUUCAUGAGCAACGACAACCCGAAGAAGCCGCUGGUGCUCUCGCUGCAUGGAUGGACGGGCACAGGGAAGAACUUUGUUAGUCAGCUGAUCGCUGACAGCAUUUACAAAGAGGGCAUGGACAGCAGCUUUGUUCAUGUGUUCACGUCUGAACUUCACUUCCCACAUUCGAGUCAAUUAGAUACCUACAAGACUCAGUUGCAGCAGUGGAUAAAAGGCAACGUCACCAACUGCGCACAUUCCAUGUUCAUCUUUGAUGAGAUGGACAAGAUGCACCCCGGCUUGAUCGACAGCAUAAAGCCGUACCUGGACUACUAUGAUAAGCUGGAUGGAGUUUCUUAUCGGAAAGCCAUCUUCAUCUUCCUCAGCAAUGCUGGAGCGGAUAGCAUCAUCAAGACUGCUUUAGAAUUCUGGAAAACAGGACAACAACGAGAAGAGAUCGAGCUCAAAGACCUGGAAACAGCGCUCUCUUUAGCGGUGUUCAACAACAAGAAAAGUGGCUUGUGGCACACGAGCUUGAUUGACAAGAACCUGGUGGACUUCUUCGUCCCGUUCCUGCCUCUGGAGUACAAACACGUCGUCCAGUGUGCCAUGGCCGAGAUGAAAGCCAGAGGAGUGACGCCAGACCACAAUGUGGCCGACCAGGUGGCCAGAGAUCUGGUCUACUUCCCAAAAGCCGAGAGAGUGUUCGCUGUCAAAGGCUGCAAAACGAUAGAGAGCAAGUUGGACUACUACAGUUAAAGUCAGCUGUUUGAUCACUAUGUGCACUUUUAAAAACAAGCCAAAUGACUAAAGAGAAGAAGUGAGGCUGGCUUAGAAGUUCUCAGCUGAGGUUUCUCCGUCUGACCUUGUGGUGACGAGGAGGAUGUCGCAGGCCUUCUCUGAUGUUGCAUCUCGCUUACACUCAACGAGAAGGCCUACAGAGCACAGCGCCAGUCGGAUUAAAAAAUGAUACGACUGGAAAUGGUAUCCUGUGUAACUGAUCAAGGGGUUUGACCUCCACUUUUAAGUCAAACCCCAGCAGCCAACAGGGGUUGUCCUUCUGUCAGUGAAAGUCUGACACGUCACUGUUGUGCUUUUGUUUUUAUAUACAUGGAUUUCUGGAGCCUUAAUUCUUUUUAAUUUCCUUUUUUUUUUUUUUUUUUUUUAAGAUCUACUGAAAUUUUACGAAGUGUACAAAUGGGUUCACUGACAUGUAACGGUGGCCUUACAGCAAAGACCCACCAUUCAGAUACAUGAUGCAGGUAACUUUUAAUGUAUCAUAUUGAAAUCAACUUUAGCAAGAAGUGCUUUUUAUACCGUGCAGCCACACACCUUUAAUGUCUGAUGUGAUUAAUAUGAUAAAUUGAUGUUGAUGUGUCCAUAGUAAAAUGUUCCCAGAUGUGAUUUCUGCCUUACUGUCAUAUUGUUUCUGGACACUGUGUAUCACUUCAGGAUAGAAUUCUUACAACAAUGAUUUUUACCAGAAUUUGAUUUUCCUUUUUAUUCUUGAAAAUACAAAACCUCAAUGAUAUUGUAUAUAAUACUGUGGUUCACUAUCCAAUUAUUUAAAAUUCAGGUAAAAGGUUUCUUUCAAAACACAGUGCUCUGCACUAUUAGUCCCUCUUUAAAGAGGAAGAAGUCUUAAGUCAGAGUCCCCUGUAUUGUGAAACCAAGUGUGUUGUUGGUUUCUGAUGUCUGAAGGUUAUGAAACCUUAACAAAAAAAUGUCAUGGUGUAUUUUCUAUGUGGUUGAUCAGCUUCCUGUUAACGAAUGAGCUCUAAUGGACUGUGGACAAACAUCAAUGGUGUGAAAUAGAAAACACCAGUCAGAUUCUCUGCUGUAAAACACACCACACUAAGAAAUCGCAAAUAAAAUGUGAAAUUUUCUUGCUGUCACUGAUGAUUGAAAGUUUGGAGAAGGGCCUGUUUUUAUCGUUACAUUUGUAAGAUUAUAAAUAUGUUCAAUUUCAAAUAUAUUCCCUGAAACGUG